AUGAUGCCAGCACCGCACCUCGUCGCCCCCGCCGCCAUGGUGUCCACCGCCGCGGGCGCCGCGUCCUGGGCCCGGCCGCAGAUGGAGCACAACAGGGGCGACAGCAGACCACAGACGGCCGGGAGCACACAUCGUGGCCGGACCCGCCAUGGCCGCCAGGAUCUGGCGGAGCUCGAGGGCCGCUAUGCAUCCUCGCGCGCCGGCCGCCCUGCCGCCGCGCCGCAGAGCAGAGCCGCAAGCACGCCAUCGCAGGCGGCCCGCGGGCAGGAAGCAGGGGCGCCGCGCGCCGCUCGUGCUCGCCCUCGGCAGCGGCCGCACGCCGUGCUCCGUCCUCCCUCCCGCGGCCGCGCGCACGAUGAAGGAGGGCACCGAAGCGGAGCGAGCAGGGGAGCCACCGGAGCUCGAGAAGGGGACCCCCGCGCGUCGCAUCCCCGGCUACCCCAUCAUCUGUCGCGCGCCUGCACCGGCCCGGCCAUGGGCGCCGCAGCAUUGGGGCGUGAGGUGAACACAAGGCAACGCGCGUGCCGGAGGGAGGCCGGGCCGCUCGCCGGAGUGGGGGCCGGGCUGCAUGCCGGAGAGGGAGGUGAGGAGCGUGGGACCGCGGAGCUCGGCACGCGGAGCUCGAGCUCGCCUCUGCUCGCCGGUGGGGGCACCGCGGAGGCCGCGAGGAGGCGGCGCCACCGGAGGAGCGCCGGCACGCACCGGUCCGGGAUCCCGCCGCCGCCGGGCGAACGCGGCCCGGCAAGAAGGGGAGGACGGGGCCGGGAACGCGGCGAGGCGGGCCGCCGAGAGCGCCGUCCGGCGGACGCACCUGCAGAUCCAGGCGAGCACCGCGGCCAUGGCCCGGCCGCGGCCAGUUCCGCGCCCCGCCGGCCGAGCCGAGCGGAGUAG